AUGCCAAUUUCGACAGAAAUCACCUCUCUCGCUCAAUGGUCCCAAGAACGGAUCCGCAGUGUUUUCGAGGCCGCGACGGAGGAAGAAGCCUUGAAGGCGAUCAACGAAACUUUCUCCAGGGGCGUCAAAGCCAGAGUGAAUGGUCUCCUCGUGGGUUACGCUCAAAUCGAGCAACAGGUGCUCGAUCUUAGGAGGACGGCCGAGGGAGGAUUGAAGGUUCACUGGAAGGAGAUUAUAGAAAGCGAGAAUGCACACCCGCAGUCACAGGAAGGACAAGUAGGGGGAUUCUACCACAUUCAAGGAAUCAGAAAGCCGAUAUACAAGGAGUCGUCCCAGGGGGGUUCACUCGUGUAUGGAGAUUUCGUUCGACACAAGGCGGUGUCAGCCAAGAUCGUGUCUGAGCGAACGACAUCUAAUCUUGACGUGCCUUUAGAUGCUCGAAGAAUCGUCGAGUUGACUGUCAUCGCCAAGGACGUGCCAGUGGACAGCAACGAAAACGCUAGUUACAGCGAGCAGGAUUUCUAG